AUGAGAGCUAAACUCUCGCUAGUUCAUACCUUUCCUCCUUUUGCUUUUACUGGUCUGAUUUCAAGUGAAAAACUCUCACUAUUAAUCACCAAUGUUUAUCUUCCUCCAGGUGGUCUGAUAUCAGACCUUCAUUAUAGAUGGGAUUCUCUGGAAGAUCAUUUAUUGGCAUGCUAUGUUAAGUACCCUAAUAUUCCAUCGAUAAUGGGUGGUGACUUCAAUGCACGUACAGCUGCCAACUGGAAUGGGAUAAUUAAGGCCAAGUGGUGGGUAUCUCCCCCCUACCCAAAAUCUGAUUUAAUCUCUUUCACAUCAAGAAGAUCCAAGGACAACAGAGUGAAUGAGGCGGGAGUCCUUCUUUAUCAAUUGGCCAUUCGUAUGAAUUUGAACAUUCUAAAUGGCAACUGCCCUCCGGACGUGCCAGGUGAAUUCACUCAUUUGGGCACAACAUCUAAUAGUGUCCUAGAUUAUCUUCUAGUCUCAGAAGACCUAUUUUCAAAUUUCUUUUAUUUCAAAGUAGAUAAUGUACAAUCCAGUGAUCACCUACCUCUAGCGGCCAAGCUAACGCUUGACUGGCACCCGGUUAGCGGAACACACCCAAUUCAUGUAGGUUUAAAUGCCACAGCUCAAGUAAGAGGCAUUAAAUGGUCCAUGAAACAGGCCCAAAAAUAUGCAGAAUUCUUCCAGAGGAAUAGCUCCGAAUCCCUUAUUGUUUCAUUGGCGGAGCUGUCUGAACCAAAUAGGAUACUGGAGUGGUUCUUCCACUUCUCUGCAGAUUUAACUAGCUUCUUUACGAUGCCGGCUCACCUCGCAAAACGAGAUCAACCCAGGUUCGGUGCUCCUUGGUUUGAAGCCAAAUGUAAGCAAGCUAGACUCUCUCUCUGUUGUAUCUACAACAGAUAUAAAGCCUCUGGAGCUGAAACUCUCCCCCCAGAGUACUUGCAGGCCAAAAUUGCUUACAAACAGGCUCAGAAGUCAGCCAAGCACGAGUGGCAGCUAAGACGUUGGCAAGCGCUGAUUGCUGCCUCUAAGCUUCGCAGCUCUCGCGGUUUUGGAAUUUAA